UUGACUCAGCUAUCUUUUCUCACUUUCAUGUGACGUUCUUCAAUUCUCCAAUCUUCAAUAUCUCUCAACUGUCACUACACAAAAUCCAGGUUUCUAGCUAGAUAUCAAGCCAUCGAGAAUAUUGAUCAAAGUAUCGUGCAAUAAGAAAAAAAAUGGAGGAAGAUGAUGGAAUGAUUAAAGGGGUAGAUAAGUUAGCAACACCAUCAUAUUUGGUAGUUGCUUUAGCUGUUAGUGGAAGUAGAAAAACCAAGUAUGUUGUUAAAUGGGCAUUGGAUAAAUUUGCUCCUGAGGGUAUUCUUCUCUUCAAAUUGUACUUCAUUCGCCCGAAAAUUACCAGAAUCCCAACACCAAUGGGAACUGUUCCUGUCUCUCAAGUGAGAGAGGAUGUAGUGAUUGCGUAUAAGAAGGAAGUCGAAUGGCAAACGUACGAAAAGCUGACGCCUUUCAAGAACAUGUGUGCUAGGAGAAAGGUGGAGGUGGAAAUUGUGCAAAUUGAAUCGGAUGAUGUAGUAGCUACAAUAAAACAGGAAAUUGUUAAAAACAAUAUCAAGAAACUUGUGAUUGGAGCUUCAUCUAAUGGCUUGUUCUCUAGGGGACGGAAUUUGUCAUCAAGAAUCUCAGAAAGCAUUCCUAGCUUUUGUACAGUUUAUGCUAUAUCUAAAGGGAAACUAUCUUCGCUCCGAGCUUCUGAUUCUGAGACUAUUGGAUCCUCUAAAGAUGGGAGUAACAGUAGUGAUUCAAGUUCUAUCACCAACUCUUCAAGUUUUGAUCCCAGUUUCCAAACAGAGUGGACAGACCAAGGUUUGGGUACCUCAUACUCCCUAUUCUCUUCAAAUUCACUACCGGUGCAACGUUUUGAGGCACUUUCAUCCAUAAACCGGGUUCUUCACAAAAAAACAAGUUCCUUAGAAAGUCCGAGAAAUAAGCUUCUUGAUAGCUUCCAGGGAGAUGAAACAACACUUUCUUAUGGCAGUAAUAGUAAUGCUGAUUAUUUUCGCGCAAAUAGUAUGGUAUCAAGCGAUAGAAGUUUUUUGACUGAAAACCAUUCUUGGACAUCUGAUCAAGAUACUAUAUCCUAUGCGCCUUCAGAAAUUUCUUCAGAAAUCCAGGAUAAUGAUAUCAACUUUGAGCUAGAAAAGUUGAGAGUUGAGCUUAGGCACGUUCGUGGGAUGUAUGCAAUUGCACAAACCGAGACAUUUGAUGCAUCUAGAAGGCUAAAUGACCUUCAAAAACAGAAACUAGAGGAAUCAAUCAGACUCAAGGAGUUAAAGGUUAAAGAGGAGGAAUCUAAAGCAUUAGCUAAACAAGAGAAGCAGCAGCAUGAGGCUGCUGAAAGACAAGCCGAAUACGUGAAAGAUUGUCUCCGAAGAGAAACUGCUGUAAGGAAAGAUGCAGAAGAGAAGGCGUUACAAGAAUCUAUAGAGAAGGAAAAGCUUCAGCAAGCCGUAACAGGUACAUCAAUGAAGUACCAGACUUUCACAUGGGAAGAGAUCGUGGCUGCUUGUUCUUCGUUUUCUGAAGAUCGUAAGAUAGGAACAGGUGGGAAUGGAAGUGUAUAUAAAGCAAGCUUUCAUCAUACGGUUGCUGCUGCGAAAGUUCUUCACUCUCAGGAAGCUCACAGAACCAAGCAAUUUCAACAAGAGCUUGAAGUUCUAAGCAGAAUACGGCAUCCUCAUUUGCUUAUUCUGAUUGGUGCGUGUGUAGAUCAUGGCUGCUUAGUAUAUGAGUACAUGGAAUAUGGGAGCUUGGAAGAGAGAUUAUUUCGCAAAAACAACACACCACCAAUCCCAUGGUUUGCUCGAUUUCGUAUUGCAUGGGAAGUAGCAUCAGCUCUAGUCUUCCUUCAUAAUGCCAAACCCAAAUCAAUUGUUCAUCGUGACCUAAAACCUGCAAAUAUAUUGCUUGAUCAUAAUCUCGUGAGCAAGAUUGGCGAUGUUGGCGUUUCAACUAUGCUUAAUUCAGACCCUUCUUCUCCAUCCACCAUUUACAAAGACACCAGUCCAGCUGGAACCCUUUGUUACAUCGAUCCAGAAUAUCAACGAACAGGAUUAGUUUCUCCAAAAUCCGAUGUUUAUGCUCUUGGUAUUGUGAUUUUGCAGUUACUGACUGCAAGACCAGCAAUUGCACUAACCCAUGUGGUGGAAACCGCUUUUGAGGAUACUAAGUUAGCCAUGGUGCUGGAUCGAGAAGCAGGCGAAUGGCCAGUGGAUGAAACUAAGGAGUUAGCUAUGUUGGGCUUGAGUUGUGCUGAACUUCGACGAAAAGAUAGGCCGGAUUUGAAAGAUAGGGUUCUUCCUGUAUUGGAGAAACUGAAAGCAGUCGCGGAUGAAGCUCAAAGAACCACAUCUAUGACUCGGAAGACCCCUCCUAAUCAUUUCAUAUGCCCAAUACUCGAGCAUGUAAUGAUCGAUCCUUGUGUUGCUGCUGAUGGCUACACUUAUGAUCGUAGGGCGAUAGAGAAAUGGUUUGAGGAGAAUGACAGUUCCCCAAUGACAAAUUUACCAUUGACAAGUAAGAGCUUAACACCAAAUUACACACUUUUCUCUGCAAUAAUGGAGUGGAAACUAAGAGCGCAGUGAUUUGAGUAAGACUUUUGGAUCCAACCAGGUUUUUCUUAGGAUUGUUUAAUGUACAUUUUUUUUUCCGGUUUAGAUGCUAUUAGGGUCUACAUGAACCUUUGAUCUGAAAAGUUAAUAGAGUAUAAAUUAAUGUACAUGUUUAUACCUUGGAAACAUGUUAUUGCAUUCAUUUUCAAA